AUGCUGGAGGGCCACACCAGCUGGGUGAAUGGUGUGAUUGCGCUGCCGAGUGCGGAUGGCCAGCUGCCUCUCCUAGUCUCGUGGUCGGAGGACGAGACGAUCCGGGUGUGGCAUGCUGCGGACGACGGGACGGGCGCCAUGCAGUACACCGCGGACGGUGUCUCCUGUGAGGUGCUGGAGGGCCACACCAGCGAUCUGCCGGUCCUGGUCUCGUGGUCGAAGAACAACACGAUCCGGGUGUGGCAUGCUGCGGACGACGGGACGGGCGCCAUUCGGUACACCGCGGACGGUGUCUCCUGUGAGGUGCUGGAGGGCCACACCAAGUAUGUGCAGGGUGUGAUUGCGCUGCCGAGUGCGGAUGGCCAGCUGCCUGUCCUGGUCUCGUGGUCUGGUGGAUUUCGGAACACAGACAACGCGAUCCGGGUGUGGCAUGCUGCGGACGACGGGACGGGCGCCAUGCGGUACACCGUGGACAGUGCCUCCUGUGAGGUGCUGGAGGGCCACACCAAGUAUGUGAAGGGUGUGAUUGCGCUGACAAGUGCGGAUGGCCAGCUGCCUGUCCUGGUCUCGUGGUCGGAGGACAAGACGAUCCGGGUGUGGCAUGCUGCGGACGACGGGAUGGGCGCCAUGCGAUACACCGCGGACAGUGCCUCCUGUGAGGUGCUGGAGGGCCACGUCAACCGUGUGGGGGGGGUGAUUGCGCUGCCGAGUGCGAAUGGCCAGCUGCCUGUCCUGGUCUCGUGGUCAGGCGACAAGACGGGACGGGUGUGGCAUCCUGCGGACAACGGGACGGGCGCCAUGCGGUACGCCGCCGACGGUGCCUCCUGUGAGGUGCUGGAGGGCCACGUCAACCGUGUGGAGGGUGUGAUUGCGCUGCCGAGUGCGGAUGGCCAGCAGCCUGUCCUGGUCUCGUGGUCGUGGGACUACACGAUCCGGGUGUGGCAUGCUGCGGACGACGAGACGGGAGCCAUGCAGUACACCGCGGACAUGUGCGGGGUGUGA